AUGCAGUCGGACGGAGAAGAGCCCACUUCCCCCGUUGAGCAGCAGGAGGUCGAGGUUUCGGCCGAUGCCUCCUCCGGCCAGAUGUCGGUUCUCGACGCCCUCAAGGGCGUCCUGAAGCUGGCCCUCAUCCACGACGGCCUCGCCCGCGGUCUGCGCGAGGCCUCCAAGGCCCUCGACCGCCGCCAGGCCCACAUGUGCGUCCUCAACGAGGCGUGCGAGGAGGAGGCCUACAAGAAGCUCGUCGUCGCCCUCUGCUCCGAGCACAAGAUCCCCCUCAUCAAGGUUCCCGAUGGCAAGCAGCUCGGCGAGUGGGCCGGUCUCUGCCAGAUUGACCGUGAGGGCAACGCCCGCAAGGUCGUCAACUGCUCUUGCGUCGUCGUCAAGGACUGGGGUGAGGAGUCUCAGGAGCGCAACAUCCUCCUCAACUACUUCCAGACCGAGCAGUAA